AUGCCGAUUUCCCUGGCAACAGCCAAACCAGUUUUGCUAGCUGCCGAUUCGGGCGGCAGCAGUGGCGGAGAUUUGGGCGGCGACAUUGGCGGAGAUUUGGGCGGCGGCAUUGGCGGAGAUUUGGGCGGCGGCAUUGGCGGAGAUUUGGGCGGCGGCAUUGGCGGAGAUUUGGGCGGCGGCGAUGGCGGAGAUUUGGGCGGCGGCGAUGGCGGAGAUUUGGGCGGCGGCGAUGGCGGAGACUUGGGCGGCGGCGAUGGCGGAGACUUGGGCGGCGGCGAUGGUGGAGACUUGGGCGGCGGCGAUGGCGGAGACUUGGGCGGCGGCGCAGGCGGAGACUUGGGCGGCGGCGAAGGCGGAGACUUGGGCGGCGGCGAAGGCGGAGACUUGGGCGGCGGCGAAGGCGGAGACUUGGGCGGCGGCGAAGGCGGAGACUUGGGCGGCGGCGAUGGCGGAGACUUGGGCGGCGGCGAUGGCGGAGACUUGGGCGGCGUCGAUGGCGGAGACUUGGGCGGCGGCGGAGGCGGAGACUUGGGCGGCGGCGAUGGCGGUCCUGGCGGAGAGCAGGGUGGUCCUGGCGGAGAGCAGGGCGGUCCUGGCGGGGAGCAAGGCGGUCCUGGCGGGGAACAAGGCGGUCCUGGCGGGGAACAAGGCGGUCCUGGCGGGAAGCAGGGCGGUCCUGGCGGGAAGCAGGGCGGUCCUGGCGGGAAGCAGGGCGGUCCUGGCGGGAAGCAGGGCGGUCCUGGCGGGAAGCAGGGCGGUCCUGGCGGGAAGCAGGGCGGUCCUGGCGGGAAGCAGGGCGGUCCUGGCGGGAAGCAGGGCGGAACCGGCGGAAAGCAGGGUGCACCUGGUGGAAAGAAGGGGGCACCUGGCGGGGAGGAAGGCGGGCCUGGCGGAGAGGAAGGUGAACCUGGCGGAGAGGAAGGCGGGCCUGGCGGAGUGGAAGGCGGGCCUGGCGGAGUGGAAGGCGGGCCUGGCGGGGACCAGGGGGGCGUGGGCGGUAAGGGAGGCAAGGGAGGGAAGGGUGGAUCCGGCGGGAAGAGCGGAUCCGGCGGGAAGGGCGGAUCCGGCGGGAAGGGCGGAUCCGGCGGGAAGGGCGGAUCCGGCGGGAAGGGUGGACCCGGCGGGAAGGGCGGACCCGGCGGGGAGAAGGGGGGUCCUGGCGGGGAGAAGGGGGGUUUCGGCGGAGAGGAAGGCGGACUCGGCGGAGAGGAAGGCGGACUCGGCGGAGAGGAAGGCGGACUCGGCGGAGAGGAAGGCGGACUCGGCGGAGAGGAAGGCGGACUCGGCGGAGAGGAAGGCGGACUCGGCGGAGAGGAAGGCGGGCUCGGCGGAGAGGAAGGCGGGCCUGGCGGAGAGGAAGGCGGGCCUGGCGGGGAUCAGGAGGCCGUGGGCGGUAAGGGAGGGAAGGGUGGAUCCGGCGGGAAGGGCGGAUCCGGCGGGAAGGGCGGAUCUGGCGGGAAGGGCGGAUCUGGCGGGAAGGGCGGACCUGGCGGGAAGGGCGGAUCUGGCGGGAAGGGCGGAUCCGGCGGGAAGGGCGGAUCCGGCGGGAAGGGCGGAUCCGGCGGGAAGGGCGGAUCCGGCGGGAAGGGCGGAUCCGUCGGAAAGGGCGGAUCCGUCGGAAAGGGCGGAUCCGUCGGAAAGGGCGGAUCCGUCGGAAAGGGCGGAUCCGUCGGAAAGGGCGGAUCCGGCGGAAAGGGCGGAUCCGGCGGAAAGGGCGGAUCCGGCGGAAAGGGCGGAUCCGGCGGAAAGGGCGGAUCCGGCGGAAAGGGCGGAUCCGGCGGAAAGGGCGGAUCCGGCGGAAAGGGCGGAUCCGGCGGAAAGGGCGGAUCCGGCGGAAAGGGCGGAUCCGGCGGAAAGGGCGGAUCCGGCGGAAAGGGCGGAUCCGGCGGAAAGGGCGGAUCCGGCGGAAAGGGCGGAUCUGGCGGAAAGGGCGGAUCCGGCGGAAAGGGUGGACCUGGCGGGGAGCAGGGGGGUCCUGGCGGAGAGCAGGGGGGUCCUGGCGGAGAGCAGGGGGGUUCGGGCGGGGAGCAGGGGGGUGCUGGCGGGGAGCAGGGGGGUGCUGGCGUGGAGCAGGGGGGUGCUGGCGGGGAGCAGGGGGGUGAUGGCGGGGAGCAGGGGGGUGCUGGCGGGACCGCUACUCCUCAGCUUGCAGGUAGCAAUACAGGCUCAAAGAGUGGGAAGGGUGGCAAGGGGAUGUCAGAAUAG